UGGACAGGUUUUGCUAAAAAAAUAUAUAAAAAAACAAUCGACAGGAAGAGCGGACGUGCGGGAGAGACGAGCGAUGGCUCGAUAGGCAUCCUCCCCAGGUUCAGAUCCCGACGGCAUCCUCCCCAGGUUCCAGAACCGCUGACGUGGCGCUCCUCUUCCUCCUCCUCCCGCCUCUCCCAUCACCGCCUCGUCUGCCUCACCGCCGGCGACCGUCGCUCCCGUACCCACACUCCGGCGCAGGGAUGGCUCAAUGAGGUGUGUGUGAGCCGCGUUGAUCUGGCUUCUGGUGGAGUGUGAAAUGGUGGAUUUCCCGGAAGGGUUGCGACGGCUCGCUGCUCUCAUGCUCAAGUGCUGCGAUCUCGACAUACCAAAUCGUCCCAAGGGCCUCGAGGAUCCUGAGCGUCUGGCAAGGGAAACAGUUUUUAGCGUAAAUGAGAUUGAGGCAUUGUAUGAGCUGUUCAAGAAGAUCAGCAGUGCUGUGGUUGAUGAUGGUGUGAUUAAUAAGGAAGAAUUCCAACUGGCGCUGUUUAAGACUAACAGGAAAGAUAGCAUGUUUGCUGACCGGGUGUUUGAUUUGUUCGACACAAAGCACAAUGGGAUUCUAGAAUUUGAAGAAUUUGUGCGAGCUCUUUCUGUAUUCCAUCCUAAUGCACCAGUUGAUGACAAAAUUGAUUUUGCUUUCAAACUCUAUGAUCUCAAACAACAAGGUUUCAUUGAAAAGCAAGAGGUGAAGCAAAUGGUGGUUGCCACACUUGCUGAAUCAGGAAUGAACCUUUCUGAUGAGGUUAUAGAGGGUAUUAUCGACAAGACAUUUGAGGAAGCAGAUACAAAGCACGAUGGUAAAAUCGACAAGGAGGAAUGGCGCAAUCUUGUCUUGAGGCAUCCAUCUUUGUUGAAGAAUAUGACACUCCCAUAUCUAAGGGAUAUUACCACAACAUUUCCAAGCUUUGUCUUCAACUCUCAGGUCGAGGAUGCUUGAGAAUCCAGUUUCUAGGUUACCACUGAAGCUUGUGAAAGGCCACGGCAGACCAUGUCGUAGGUGGACCUUGUGUAUUUUUAUUUCUUUAUUCCUUUUUGGCGAUAUCCUUCUUGUGCUUGGAACAAUUCUUGUAAUUUUUUCACUUCUUUAAAAUGUGAAUUCCCAGCAAUCUCCUCGUGUGAGGGCUCUUCUUUUGUAUAUACCCGAGUAUAAUCUAGAAUUAACUGUUCCUUAUGUAUAAACGCUCUUCACAUACCUAGUUGCCCAUGCGAGUAGCAACUGAUAAGCAGCAGUUAUAUUUUAUCGUUCUA